AAACAAUUAAAAUGCAAUUUUAAUAUCAUUUAUACAUGCUAAGGAGUAAAUUAAAAUACAUCUUGAAUUAUGUAGCAUAUAUUAAAUGCUUGUUAUAGUCCCUAUCAAAGGGUUUCAUAACAGAGUGAGGGCGCAGGGUUAUGGAGGUGAAAGGUCACGCGCAGUGAUUUUACUAUAUAUACCUAUUACACGGUAACAGUAGCUACCCAGCCACUGAAACAGACUGCAUCACUAAUGGACACAAGUCAAGGUCAGUUUGUGUUUACAUCAUUUUAAGGUUGGAAUUUAUCUACUAUUUGUUCUUAUGCAAUGGAUUCCGUUGAUGUAUUGAUUCUGGGUCAUAGCUUUGUGAGAAGGUUACGAGAUGAUUUGACAGGUUCAUGGUCAAAUUUAGGUUUCGACCUUGACUCGGUUCGCGUCCAUUGUGUAGGAAAAGGGGGCAGUCGGGUUCGCGACAUCUCAUCUAUGUCUACCUCAAUUUCUGAAAUCCACCCUAAAGUUGUACUGUUGCAAAUCGGUGGUAAUGAUUUUGAUUCUGUGGAUCACGAGGAUAUUAAGGAUCGUUUAGCAAGUGACUUACUUUCCAUAGCACAGUGGCUUCGCGCGGGAUUCGGUGUAACCCACGUUGGAAUAAUGCAACUUUUUUAUCGUGCUAAGACAAGAUCGAUAGCGGUUAGUUUGUAUAACAGAGGUGUAGACUUCGUUAACAGUAACAUCAAAUUAAUGUGUGAUCAGUCGGAAGGAUGUUUUUAUUGGAGACACAAGGGUCUGAAGACCGCAGCCUUUGUUUGCUUAAACAAAGAUGGCGUACAUCUUUCACCCGCGGGCCUUCGCAAGUUCAAGUACUCUGUGCGUGGGGCAAUCCUGCAGGGCAUACGAUUGGCUAAAGGCAGCAACUCUGACCCUCGUGACCUUUCCAUAUAAGGCUCCACCGGACCUAUCCGGAGAUCUCGCAGAAGGGCGGCGGUUAACCAUAGCAUUAUAUCUAGGCCACAUACCCAGUCAGGGAGGAAUGUCACUGACGUAACAACAGCAGC